CCUACGCCGGUGUGCUCCUGGCUUCGACCCCGCUCAUGCUCAAGAACCCUCAUCUUUCUCCAAUGCGAAUGGCAAGCGUCCAAUGACUGAUGUCCGCGAGUAAGUGAAAGACUGCAUUUAUGCUGGAGGUAUAACCACGCAGCCAGUUUCAAGGCAAGCUCCAGCCCAAGGUCCAUCGUCACCCCAAUCGGACCAAAUAGAAUCACCAUGCCGCUUGGGGAACAACAAAAUUUCACGCGUCAAGAUCAUGGACGAAUUCCAAGCCAGACACGUCAACCGGAACGACCUGGCACGAGUCGUUUUGCGGAGUAAGAACAUCAAUAAUCUCACCACUCGUUGAUUUCAAUGGUCCAUAUCAGACAAUAUGCGUACAAUGGUGAACAGGGAUCACGCAUGCAAGCUCCUCAGCUCUCUCACGAACAAUCGGUGCCUACUCGCCACUUGCGAACGUCCGGGGAACAAGGACAUCGAUCUAUGCCACCUCCGCCCCCGCCAGUACCCGGUCCUCGAGGUCGCUUCAGACCUGUGAUAGGCUCAACGGAUACAAGAACCGCAAUGGUAAACACCCAGACGGCUGAACCGCAAGUGGCACAACAGCGACCACCUCCGUUGGUUUCCAGGCCUCGACAACGCUCAUUUGCAGUCUCGCAGUCCCCACUUCACGCUAGCGGCACUCACUUCACUGGUCAGACAUCCAACCAAAUGCGCUCACUCCAAUCGAACCGUUUCAUACCAUCAACUUCACACGGACGUUCGAACUCUGGCGCAGGUGCAGUAACAUCCUCUAACGUCCCAGGGACCUCGUCUGGAGGACACAGGAUGCCAUUCGUUUCAGGUAGUACCAGUGGAUUCGGUUGACCUUGACUUUAUCAUACAAUCUUCUCGAUCGUACAUGCAAUGAAAUGAAAUGUCCCACUU